AUGACGAAUUUCACUACAAUCUGCCAGAACUUCGAAGAACAGUACAACAUCAUCGCCAAAAGCUCAGGCGCCGUAUACUUCAUCAUUUUUGUGGUAAACAUUGUUAUGUCCGUCACCGCAAUUUUAGGCAACAGCUUUAUAAUAGGUGCUCUUCGUAAAUGCAGCUCACUGCACUCGCCUUCUAAAGCGUUAAUCUUCAGCUUGGCAUUCUCUGAUCUCGCAGUCGGCUGCAUAGCACAGCCCUUGUUUAUAAUUCACAGAUCGGCCGCCUUAACACGUAGCUACCGCCUUUUUUGUAUCUCUGGAAUGAUGUCGAACUUUGUGGGAAGUACCGUCGUAAGCGCUUCAUUUGUAACGUCCACCGCCAUCGCGGUGGAUCGUUACCUCGCUCUACGUUUACGCCUCCGCUACCGCGAAGUGGUUACGCUCAAGCGUGUCAUCAUCGUUCUUUUUGCAAGCUGGUCAGCGUCGCUGAUCUGGUCUGCGCUUUGGUUCUGGGACCAGAACGUGCAAAAUUAUUCACGAGCUGUGUUGUUUUGUCUUUGUUUUGCAACAACAACCUCUUCGUACGUUAUCAUCUACAAAAAAAUUCUACGAUACAGAUGUCGCGUUGCGGAACGAUUCGGCAACGCGGUGGUUGGGAACUUUUCCGGACGUCGUACAUUCAACGUGGUACGUUUUCGUCGAUCCGUAAGCAGCAUGUGUCACAUCUAUUGUUGUCUUUUGGUUUGCUAUUUGCCUUAUAACUGUCUUAUGGCUGUAAUCCGCAAUGCAGUGCAGUUGACAUCUUUGACCGUAGCUCUUCACGUCGCUUUUGCCACCCUUGUCUUGUCAAAUUCUGCUUUGAAUCCAUUCGUGUUUUGUUGGUGCAUACCGGAAAUUCGCCUCAUCGUCAAAUCGACAAUCUGCAGAUUUCAACACUGA